UGGGCUCCCACGAAACGAAUCUCUCGGCCCGCCAUGGCAGGGAUCAAGCGGCUCCACGCUGAAGACCCUGUCAAGUACUCGAGGGCCAUAUUGAGCAAGUCGUUUGGGGUGAGCGUUGAAGCCAUCGCUAGAAUUUUGAAGAGCGAUGGAAGGUGGUACAAGGCGGAAGAUGGAAUCAAAGAGGGAGAUAAAGAGGGUCUUACAGGGAGAUGA